AUGUCCAAUCAAAAGUCUUCCCUGAAAGCUCUACAGAACUGGUGUGCUCGACAAUGCGCAUCUUAUCCAGGGGUCAAUAUAAAUGAUUUGACAAACAGUUUCCGGAAUGGACUGGCAUUUUGUGCCAUCAUCCAUCGUUUUCAUCCUGACAUGAUAAAUUUCUACUCCCUGGAUCCAGAAAAUAUCUUGGAGAACAACAGAUUAGCGUUUACUGUAGCAGAGAACUCGUUAGGAAUUCCUGCUCUGUUGGAAGCUGAGGAUAUGGUAGAGAUGCACGUGCCCGACAGGCUGAGUGUAAUCACAUACCUCUCACAGUAUUAUCACCACUUCAAGGAUAAAAUACCCUUCGAGCAACAACAGGAAGACGAGGGAUCUGACGAGAUGUUAGCCUACAGAAGACAGCAAGGUUCCCCUCCCCGCUACAGACUACACGAACCCAACAGAUACGCCAUGUUGAAACCUGCUCCUCCUCCCCGACCUCUAGCUGCUAAGAAACACAACUGGAGUAGUUCGUCUAUCGAGUACAACAGCUCUGGAGACAGGAUGACUAACAGCUCAGUGACCCCCCAAUCCUCCCCAAUCCUCACUCCCACUACCUCUAACUACAACAGACAGAACCCUCUCACUGACAGGAGCAGCACACAAGACAUCAGCUCGUCUGACUGCGUCUCUCAGGACCGGUCUGUGGACUGUGCGACCUCCAGCUCUCUGAACACCAGCUCUCUGAACACCAGCUCUCUGAAGACGAGUGAGAACUCGUCCCUGUACAGGACCCCUCCAGGAACCCCUCCCACCUCUAUAAAGCGACCCGCUCCAGCUCCGCCCAGACGGAAACAGAAGCGAGACAGUUGGAACAACUUAGUGAGCAGUGAGGAUAGCGUGCUGGAUCCUAGUCCAAGUCCCACAGUUCCUAAAACCCCCCUCACCAUGAUAUCGGGGUCUGGGGAGAUACAGACUGACGGGGUCAUGACGUCAUCAGAUCACGGCAGUGAGGAGAAUGUUCAGAAGACUAGUCUGUCUACUAUAGACCACACUCACAGUGCAAACACAGUACAAACACACUACAGUACAAACGGCAGUAAUGGGUUCGGCACAGUUCACCGUAUGGAGGAGGAAAAGACCCGACAAGAUAUAGAAGAUAUCAUCAACAGUAUCCACGAGCCCUCGCUAGAUGUACUGGACCAUUCCUUUGCCAGUUACACUGACCAGCCCUCCCCCACCACGCCGCGCAACAGCAGAGACUACGAUUUGAGCAUAUUGUCAAACGUGUCGUGCAGCAUUGAUCAGCUCAGGGCCCCCACGAACAAGAGUAGUUACUACAACCCUGGAUACAGUCCCAGCUACAAGACGGAGGCCCCCGCGUAUAAUCCACGUCAGAACGAACCUAAAGCUACCACCUACCAUCGCCAGACCACCCCUGACGAUCACAAACCAAUUGGCACAGUGCCAAGACAGUUUUCAGACGAUCAGAGGGCGACUCCGAGGAGAGAUAGUUACGAUCCGGAGCGUCCUAAGAGGAAACCCAGUGCUCGGAAUGUUAUUUACAGUGAACAAGAUGUUGGGAAAAUAAUGACGCGAGCAUAUGAUGUUGAGGGAGGCAGCAGUAGAGGCAACUUGUGCUUUAUCUGUGGUAGUCAUGUCUACCUACUAGAGCGCACAGUUGCUAGGCAACGCCUCUUUCACCGUCAGUGCUUUGUCUGUAACGGCUGCGGAACAAAGCUUCUUCUCGGAAUGUAUGAGGUAUACGAUGGUGACAGCAUGUUCUACUGCAAGUCUUGCUUCAAGAAGAUAAAGCUGAGAGAAGGUUGCAGAUCUGACGAAUACAGAGAAGCACUAGGUUGCCCUGUAACAGACCCUGAAGAGCUGUGGUCCCUACCAGCAGUUCAUCCUCCUGAGGAGCAUGUAGAGGAUAGCAGAUCACUGUCUCCUCUGGAGGAGAACGAGGAGGGCCAGCAUGUUAGGUUCGACGUGGAGGAGUUCUCAGACGAGGACAUGCCACAGAGACAUUCCAGUCACGGGACUCACGAUCGUGCUCAGCGCGGCUCAACCAGCGAAUCUGAGGAUGAUUCCAGGCCACGUUCCUUGUCUUGCGGAGCGUGUGACCCCACCUACCAAACCCUGGAACUGGACAACUCUCAGAGGAAACGUCGCUCCAUCAUCUCCAUGAAGGAUAUCAAUCCUAUCAACAAACUUUUCUCCCCCAUAUUGAGGCGUGGAAAACGGAAUGUACUCGAUUAUAGUUCAGUGGAGGACAUUGAUAAGGCCCUCAAAGAAGAGGAGGAAAUGUUACUCCAGAAAAGGCAGAUAUAUCUCGAGGAGAUGAGCGAAAACGAACACCUUCAAAAGCAGAUGGAAAUAUGCGGUCAAGGCUUGGAGAUGCGACUACGUGAUCAAGAACGGGGACGAGGUUUUGAUGACGAGGCCCUCUACGACUGGUUUGAGUUAGUGAACCGAAAAAACAGACUUAGCCAUCUUGAGAGUAUUCUGGUGAUAUCGAUCAAGGAAAUAGACAUAAAUCUACAACAGAAAUCGUUAGAGAGACAGUUGAGGGAUUUGCAAAAUGUCAGAAAGAAAUACAAAGCACAAUAUAUAAAGUCUAAAGAGCAGGAGCUGGUCUCAAAGCUGCUUCAGCUGGUGGAGGAACGUGACCAUUUAGUGAACAUGGAGGAAACUCAGCGUCUCAGCGCCAUGGAGAUGGACAAACAGUUCAGAGAGAUGAUGUCGGCCACUGCUGGCAUUACUGUGUGACAUUGUCGUCAUAGUUACUGAUCACGUGACAUUGUCGUCAUAGUUACUGAUCACGUGACAUUGUCCUCAUAGUUACUGAUCACGUGACUAUAUGUCUGAGGUGGUCCACUGAUCUGUGUUAUCGCACGUGCACACUGACUAUAUCUUUGUUAUUGAGGAGAUGUGUGUUUUGCUUAAAUAUGUUUUCAAAUUGUUGCUCAGUGUCUCCUUUCUACCUUGUUAAAUGAGAAUUAUGAAAAUAGUAAACGUAUCAGACACUAGGAUCCAGUUUAUGUACUGUUUGCCGGUAGAGAUUCAAUGAGAAGACCGAUUAUAUGCGUCCGGAAAGUUGAAUAGCAAAACAGGAACUUAAUUUGUUUGAUCUAACAUUUUAUACAGUAAUACCCCGAUUUACCGCGCAGUUUGUGGAAAGGAAGAGCUGCUGUAAAUCGGGGUUUGUGGUAAAUCGGGGUUUUGUUUGUUUACAUUACGGAAUACGCAUGUUAAGCCCUAUUUGGGGGAAAGGAAAUGGCCGCGGUUAAUCGGGGCGCGGUAAAUCGAGGUUUUACUGUAUUAGGAUUUUUGUGAUCAAAAGUUAUACGGAUCAUGACUGUUAUGAUGACUGUUUUAUGAUUUCUUAAUGGUAGCUCUCUUCUUAAGAGACAGGAUUUUAAGAGAUUUAAACCUUAAAGCUUCUUUCUAUUUCAGUUUCCAAGAUUUUUUUUGUGAAGUUAAGAUAGAGUAUUGAUCAAAUAUGGUGCUUCCAAAUUUUGGGAUAAAUACAUAAUGUUAAAAUGAUUUGAAUAUUUU